AUGGCUCAACUACUUAUUUCUCACGGUGCAAAUAUCAAUGAAAAAGAUAAUUGUGGAAGAACAGCUGUUUAUAAAGUAGCCAUUAAAAAUAAUAAAGAAACAACCGAACUUCUUAUUUCCCAUGGUGCAAAUAUCAACGAAAAAGAUGAAGAUGGAAAAACAUCUCUUCAUUUUGCAGCCAUAAAUAAUAGUAAAGCGACAGCUGAACUUCUUAUUUCACAUGGCAUAAAUAUCAACAAAAAAGAUAAUUCUGGAAGAACAGCUCUUCAUUUUGCAACCAUUUAUAAUAGUAAAGAGAUAGCUGAACUUCUUAUUUCCCAUGGUGCAAAUAUCAAUGAAAAAGAUAAUUCUGGACAAACAGUUCUUCAUUUUGCAGCCAUUUAUAAUAGUAAAGAGACAGCUGAACUUCUUAUUUCACAGAAAGCAUAA